AAGGGAGUGUCGUCGUGGAAGCGGGCUGCUCCUUCACAUUAGACUCCUUCUAUUCCUCCGUGCCGGAGGAGCAAGGAGGAACCUGUCCUCUGUUUUCCCUCUUUGUGGACACACGGAUAACCACACCACGACUGGGAAGAUGUUUUUUCUUUUGCAUAUGGUUACCCUUUAUACUCUGAGCGUCUUUAGCGGAGCAUCCGCCGCCACUCAUUAUAAUUGCAAUGGCCCUCUAGUAUCAACGUUACCACAUUCAUCCUUUCAGAGCUCCUCUCAAUCCUCAGCCAGCUAUGCUGCCCACAAUGCCAAGCUCAACAGAAGAGAUGGAGCAGGAGGCUGGUCCCCCAUGGUGACAGACCAAGACCCCUGGCUCCAGGUGGACCUCAGGGAGCAGAUGGAGGUGACGGCUGUAGCCACACAGGGACGUUAUGACAGCUGGGACUGGGUCAGCAGUUACUUACUGCUGCACAGUGACACUGGCCGGGCCUGGAAACAGUACAGACAUGAGGAUGGUGUAGGGAGGUUUGUUGGGAAUGUGAAUUCAGAGGCUGUUGUCCAGACCAAGCUGUCCCACCCAGUGAAAACACGUUUCCUGCGUUUUGUCCCCCUCGACUGGAACCCCAGCGGCUGGAUGGGCCUCAGACUGGAGGUGUAUGGCUGCUCCUACAAGUCAUAUGUGGCAGAUUUUGAUGGCAGAAGUUCGCUGCUGUAUCGGUUCAACCAGAAGUCCAUGUCAACGGUGAAGGACGUGAUCUCUCUGCGGUUCAAGAGCCAUCAGGCUGAGGGUGUUUUACUGCACGGAGAGGGGCAGAGAGGAGAUUACAUCACCCUGGAGCUUCACCGAGGACGACUGGACCUCUACCUCAACUUAGAUGACAGCAGGCUGAGGUUCAGUAGUGGUCGUGUUGCUAUUACUGUGGGCAGUCUGCUGGACGACCAGCACUGGCACUCCGUUCACAUGGAGCGCUUCAACAAGCAGGUUAACCUCACAGUGGACUCCCACACACAGCAUUUCCAAACCAAAGGAGAAGGACACUCACUGGAGGUGGACUAUGAGCUGAGCUUUGGAGGCAUACCGCUGCCUGGUAAACCAGGCACCUUUCUGAGGAAGAACUUCCACGGCUGCAUGGAAAAUCUCUACUACAACGGAAUCAAUAUCAUAGACCUGGCAAAGAGACGCAAGCCACAGAUACACAGUGUGGGCAACGUGACCUUCUCAUGCUCACAGCCCCAGCUGGUGGCUUGCACCUUUCUGAGCUCCAGCAGCAGCUUCCUGUCGCUUCCGUCAGCGACACCUGCCACAGGGGGCUUCUCUGUUCGAUUCCAGUUCAGGACAUGGAACCCAGAUGGGCUGCUGCUCUCUGUGCAGCUGAACCCAGAGCCCCAGAAACUAGAGCUGCAGAUCAGCAACACCCAACUGCAUCUCACCCUCCACAGCUCAGGACGACAGAAGUCAGAGGUCUCCACUGUUCACAGAGUCAGUGACGGUCUGUGGCACUCUGUAAGUCUAGACACAAGGAAUCUACAGAUGGCCUUGACGGUGGACGGUGAGCCAUCCACCACAACCGAACUGUGGGAACAAGUGGAAUCAAAAGGCAAUUUUUACUUUGGAGGCUGUCCCACCAUGGACUGUCAGGUCUUGACUCCGACCUUCCAGGGGUGUAUGCGGCUUAUUUUCAUAAACAGCCAGCCAAUGAAUCUCAGUCAUGUACAGCAAGGAGUGUUGGGAAAUUAUAACGAGCUUCAGUUUGACACCUGCAAUAUAAGAGACAGGUGCCUUCCUAACCUGUGUGAACAUGGAGGCCGCUGCUCUCAGACAUGGAGCUCCUUCACCUGCAACUGUUCGGGAACAGGAUACUCUGGAGCGACAUGUCACAACUCCAUCUACGAGUCGUCCUGCGAGGCCUACAAGCUGAUUGGCAGCUCCUCUGGCUUCUACUCCAUCGAUCCAGAUGGGAGUGGUCCCCUGGGGCCCACACAGGUAUACUGCAACAUGACAGAGGAGAAGGUUUGGACAGUUGUGACCCACAACAUCACAGCUCCCGUCACAGUCCAGAGCUCCACUCCUCAGAAACCUCACAUCAUGAAGUUCAACUACAGCACCUCGGCUGAACAACUACGUGCCAUUGUAUCAGGGUCAGAGCAGUGCCAACAGGAAGUGGUGUACAACUGCAGGAAGUCACGUCUCUUUAACACAAAAGAUGGCAGCCCACUGUCCUGGUGGUUGGACCGCGAAGGAGAGAGGAGGAGUUACUGGGGAGGCUUCCUGCCCGGGGUCCAGCAGUGCUCAUGCAGUCUGGAGGAGAACUGUAUGGACAUGAACCACUUCUGCAACUGUGACGCUGAUACAGAUGCAUGGGCUAAUGACACGGGAAUACUCUCCUAUAAAGACCACCUACCCGUCAGCCAGAUAGUCAUUGGAGACACAAACAGAACGGGCUCGCAAGCCAUCUACUACAUCGGCCCUCUGCGUUGUUAUGGAGACAAGUCUAUAUGGAAUGCAGCCUCUUUCUACCAGGAAUCAUCGUACCUCUACUUCCCCACCCUGCAAGCAGAGCUUGCCUCUGAUAUCUCCUUUUACUUCAAGACCAGCACCCCUUCAGGAGUGUUUAUGGAGAACCUGGGUCUCAAAGACUUCAUCAGAGUGGAGCUCAGCUCUCCCUCAGUGGUGACUUUCUCUUUUGAUGUGGGAAAUGGUCCGGCGGUGCUGUCCGUGAAGUCCCACCUCCCCCUGAAUGACAGGCAGUGGCACUACGUGAGAGCAGAGCGCAACGUGAGGGAGGCCUCGCUGCAGGUCGACCAGCUUCCCCUCCGCUUCCUGGAGGCUCCCGCUGAUGGACACCUCCGUUUACGGCUCAGCAGCCAGCUAUUCAUAGGGGGAACGGCGUCCCAGCAGAGAGGCUUCCUGGGCUGCAUCAGGACUCUGACCGUCAACGGUGUGAGCUUUGACCUGGAGGAGAGGGCCAGGAUGACGCCAGGGGUGAGCUCCGGUUGUCCCGGCUACUGCAGCGGCUCCAGCAGCCUCUGCCACAACAGAGGGAGGUGUAUCGAGAAGAGCAACGGCUACAUCUGCGACUGCUCCCAGUCUGCCUACGGGGGAACCACCUGUAACCAAGAGGUGUCGGUGUCCUUUGACAGAGAGUCCUCCGUGACCUACACCUUCCAGGAGCCCUUCUCAGUGAUGCAGAACAGAAGCUCACAGGCCACCAGUGUUUCCACAGAGAGCAGCAGCAGGGCCAGAGAGGAUGUUGCCUUCAGCUUUGUCACCUCCCAGAGGCCGGCCAUGCUUCUGACUGUCAGCACCUUCAGCCAUCAGUACAUCGCUGUCAUCCUGGCCAAAAAUGGGAGUCUGCAGAUCUGGUAUCACCUUCAGACAGACAGGAGUCCAGAUGUGUUCAGCCCCACUCUCAGCAACCUGGCAGAUGGACGUCUUCAUCGAAUCAGAAUACACCGAGUGGGCCAAAACCUCUAUGUGCAGAUCGACCAGGACAUCCACAGAAAGUACACGCUGUCAUCUGAUGCAGAGCUGAUCUUAAUCAGAUCCUUGACAUUGGGCAAAGUCACCAGAAGGGAGAACCUCAACAAUGAAGUAAUGCAAGCAGCUUCUAAAGGUUUCAUUGGCUGCCUCUCCUCAGUCCAGUUCAAUCACGUUGCACCGCUGAAGGCAGCGCUGACGAAUCGAGGAAGCUCACUGGUCACCAUCCGUGGUCCACUGGUGCAGUCAAAUUGUGGAGCUCUGGCGGAGUCCACCUCCCACACUCUGCAAGAUCAAGCAGUAACAGCCAAUAAAGAUAAGGAGCAGCGUGGCAAUGGCACCCAGAAGGAUUUGGCUGUGAUAGCAGGUGUGGUCACAGCCGUGGUCUUCAUCGCAGUGUGUGCCCUCGCUGUGAUGAGCCGCCUCCUCUACCAGCAGCGGCAGGCCCAGAGGAGCAGCAGCAGCAUCAAAGAAGAGCAAAGACACAGCGUGUACACAGACUACAGGACAGAGCUGCACCUCCACAACUCAGUGAGGGACAACAUGAAGGAGUACUACAUCUGACUAUAGUGUGCACUCUUUGGCCCUAAGUUGCAAAUUUACCUCUCUCUUAUAAAGGAUUAACAGGUGGACGCGCUGCUGCAGCAUUUCUCACAACAAAACAUCUCUGUGCCCUGGUGGUCUCCCAGGAACACUGCAAAAGUCCACUCUCUUAAUGCUCGAGUACAAGCAAGUGGCUGAAUCUUUACAGCUGUUAGUGUAUUUGAUGUUGGUGAAACUGUCCGAAUCAAGCUGCCGUGGUUUCUGUCAUUGCAAAAUGUGUAAAGCAAAAAGAUGAAUGUUCUGCAGGGGUGGACACAGGGACACACCAUGAGUGCAGCGAGCAGAAGCUGCUGUCCAUCCUGAAUGCGCACAAGUCAAAAGAUUUUGUUUUAAAACCCUCAAAUGCUGAAUAUUUCCACAUUUCAGUGGGACUCACUAAAUUGUACUCGCAAGUCAGGAAAUGUAGGCCAGGCCUGUAAGAUAUGUGCGCGUUCGCUGCUGUCUUUGUUUCUGCAGUGGUGGUGAAUGUUGUAGAAGAAGAAAAGGGGACAAUACUGCCUAUACUGUAUGAGUGCCUAAUUUGCAUAUGAGUUUUUAUUUUAACAUUUUAGAAGUUAUUCGUGUGAUUUGCACAAAGGCAGUUGCAUUUACAUAGAGAGGAGCUUAUUGUCAUUCAGUUCUGCAACCCAUACUGCACAGAAUAAAACGAAAUUGGAAUUUCCCAGUCAUGCACAACAUCUGCCCAUUGACCGUUGGUAAUGUGUCUUUGACUGAGUUGUUUUCCACUGCACUGUUUGAAGCGGCAUGGAGACAGACAACCCUUAAAAAGUCCAAUAACUCCAGUAAGUUCCAGUCGUUUGUGACCAGGUUUUCAAGCUGAGCAUUGUGCACCAUUCAGGCCACAUAUAUUUAGCUAUAGGCAAUAUUUAGCAGAUAACUUAUGAAAUCAUGGAUUUUUAUAUUUAUUUAAUUGUGCUAAUUCUUUGUGUAUUAUUUUUCCAGUACAUAAAAAUCUUGUGUAUAUUGUACCAUGAGAGCAGCAGAAGUAAGAAAUUAGGGGAGAGGAUUAUGGUAUUUACAUUUUUUUUAAAGUAAUUUAUGGAAAUGUGUACAAGAAGGGGUUUAUCAAAGAAACUGCAUAUGUGAGUGUGGCCAAACUCUGCGGGCAGCCAGGAAUAGCAUCUACAGGCUAGAAACCACUGCAUAUACUGACCAGUAUAUGAGCAAAUCGAGCCAUGAAGCUCCCAGGCAGUAUCUUUGGUGUUCUUUACAAGAAAUGUUGGGUGCAGCAAGUGAAGUUUGCAGUAGUAUGAAACAAUCACAGCAGCAAGUUUGUUGGGUGCUGUACAUCUAUGGUAAGCUCUGGGAGUAAAAUGUGUGAGUCACAACCCACCGUACUGCAUUUCGUCACAGUACUUGUGAGUUUGGACCACUGUUAAAAGCCGUAAUUCUUUUAUCGCAAUUGCUAGUUUGGUGAUAUGCAAAAGCCGAGUAGGCAGGAAAAGGUAGGCCCCUUUUUGCAGUGUCAGACUCAGACUGUGAGGCUGGGAUAUUUCUCAGAAGUAUUACUGAGCAGUGUAGACCCAGCGCAUACCAAACUCAGAAAGUGCUGAUACAGAAGUUUAGUUUGAUCAUUAUUUUACAAUGCUAGCCAGCAGUGCUUAGGGCUUUUUGCAACCCAAAAAAGGCCACUAUGUUACCUGACAUAAUUUCUUUAUUUAUUUACUGUUUGGAUUACAGGGAUAAGUGGUGUUUUUCUAUAUAUUUCAAGUGGAAUACUUUUUAUAUACAUCUUACACUGGUUGAUCAUAAGAACAAAACCAUAUAUACUAAUAGAAGACAAAAAGUCUAGAGUCACCUAGAGGUCCUGAGAGCACAUUACACAUCCGAAAAAUAAAGCAUGGCUAAAAAAAAAUUUAGACAACUUUUUUUUUUUUUUUUUGGGGGGGGGGGGGGGUGUUAGAUCCUUACCACUAAUGUGGAAAAGUUUGACAUGAUGAUGGUGCCAGAGGAAAAGCAAUGUUUCCUAAAUUUCAAAAUCAGCUUGUCGGGCUCAGCUCUACAUAAUCAGAUUUAACUCAUUAUCCACUGGCUUCAGCUGCUCGCAGGCAGGUUAGCCAUCUUUGUCAAUGUCAAUUGUACUUUGAGCUUAAUAUGCUAAAUGUAAGAGUUGAGCCAAAAAAGAAAACCCUGCAUCUAAGGAUGACAGAAAUGCAGUAGUUGUUUUUUUUGUUGUUUGUUUGUUUUUUAAGUAUACUGUUGGACAAGUCAUUAAGUCAUUUGUCCUCUUUGGAUCCUAAAUGUGUAUAAAAUUUCAAGGGAAGCAAUCCAACAAUUGUGAAGAUAUUUCCCUGGACCAAUGCACUGAUGGACUGAUGGAUGAAAAGACUGGAGCCCCACUGCUGCCAUGGCUAAAGAUUACACAGCUGAGAGUGACACGUGCAAGUGGCUUGAUCAAAAGAUAAGGUCUUGAGCUCCUGGACCUUAUCUGUGCAUGUACUUGUAAUCUAAGAAUGUCUCAAGAUAUGACAGUCUGCAGAUCUCCAGUAUCAGAGAAUAAAUACAUACCUCUCAGAGUGUUUAGGUUAUAUUGCAAUGGGUAAUAUCAUGUGGGUACCUCUUCGUAAUGAUUUGUAUAGCUGCAGUUUUAUUAAGGAUCUAUUGUAUAGAUGUAUAAUUUAAUAAUAAAAGUGAAUAUAUUGCUAAUCGA